CGAUACUAAAUUUAUUAUGGCUAUAUCGGAUUACUAAUAUAGAUAUAUGUAUAUAUAGUAAUAUACUUAGUUAAAGGAAAAAAAUACCUGGAAUAAGUAAAGUGCCUAAAAUAUCUCUGAUUUCAAAAUUGUUUAGUUAUAGCCGUGGAGUUGACAAUACAGGCAUAAUAAAACCAGAAAAGGAAGAUAUGCAUUUUCAUUCAUAUAUAUACUUGCAAUGUGCUUUUCGAUUAAAGGUUUAUUAUAUGACCAAUUUUCGAACGAUGUAACUGAUCUUCUCCGAGAACUGGACAAGAAAUAUUCUAUGACAGAGAGUACAGAGAAUGCAAGGAAAAAGAUGCAAGAACCGAGAUUUAAAACAUGGGAUGAUGAUCUUAAAUCAGCGGGAAUGCUAAUUAAUUUGUACACAAACUCUGACGAGUAUAAGCACUUGCCGAAUGCGACUUUCUACAGAAGCUUGAAUGAAGCAAUAAGGAGUGAAAACCCUGAUUUUAUUUGGCAAAACAGUGAAAAAUUGCUGAAUGAAGCUCUACAUAGAAUCGGACUUGAAACAUUUAAUUAUACAUUCAGGGGGCAAAAACAUUAUAACCCAGAUGACCACCAAGAAAGAGAACCGUUCAACGUACGAGGCUUCUGGAGCACUACCCUUCAUCCUUCUCACACUGACCAUUUUGGCGGUACGGAAUAUGCUUUCUACAUUAUUAAGAAUGUUGAAGGUGUAAAUGUUCAACAUGUUUCUGUUACUGAUAUGGAAAAGGAAGUUUUACUUCAAAGCUCAAAGAAAUAUAUUCUAGAAAGGAAAAUAAGCAACAAGGAAGAACAACGAAAAAAGCUUGAAAGCAUUCAAUUGCAGUAUCCAGACUUUGACCCUUCAAAAUUUGACCCUGAGAACAUAUUCAUACUUAAUGAGAAUCGUAAACAUGAUGAAGUCUCACUUAAUGAGAAUCGUAAACAUGAUGAAGUCCCACUUAAAGAGAAUCGUGAACAUGUUGAACUAUGAGUGUCUUUUAUCAGCCUUGAACAUCCUUUCAACUAAGACUAUGUUGAUUUUUUUUCUUGUUUUGUAUUUUUCUUACAACGGCUAUAUUGACAUAACCAACGAAUGUCUUUGGUUAAUGAUACAUUACAGUGAAACUGUUUUUCUGUACGAAAUCUGCUGUGGUCAUAAUAUUAUUUUUAAAAUAGGUCUAUCUCUUCAAUUUGGUUUGCAAAUCAUGGUCAUGCAACUACAUAAUUAGGAAAAGAAGCAGACGCUUGUUUUGGUUGAGUCUUUUAUGUUUUUAUAGGGGUGAGUUGUUAUUCAAAAACUUACACUUUAUAUGCAUGUAUAAUUUGUAAUGCUAUUUUAUUAUAUUGAAUGUUUUUGGAUUGUUUUAUCAAAUUAUUUGUACUGUAAUUAAAAGUGUUAGACUCGUAUGUCCGAUUAAAGGCAUAAUCUUAAUGAAAAUGAAAUUAGUUGACGUUUUCAUUCGUAUUGAUCACAUUAUGGUUUAAGCCAUUUUAUGUCAUAUUAAGUUUUGAUAUUGAUAGAUUUUAGAAUGUCGACAGUUGUCAUUAAAUGUCUCGUAUAUAUUCUUUAAAUGUUUUACCAUCGGGCUUUUGUUGCAAUACCCAAAGC